AUGUCACUUCAGCAAUCACAUUUAAGCACACCAAACUCAACCACCACCAAACGUAAACGUACUUCACCACCUGAUCAAAAAGACAGGAAACUUACACCACUUGCACCUAUUUUUCAAAAACAUCAACUUAACUUUCAAUGGUUAUCAAUCAUAAAUGAGUCUUGUAUUCAUGGUACAUACGGAAACCCAAUCCCAACCCAAAAAAUCGCAGCCUUUGAUCUCGAUUCUACACUAAUCACCACCAAAUCAGGUAACACAUUCCCACGUAAUUCAGAUGAUUGGAAACUCUGGAACCCCAUCAUACCAAAAAAAUUACAUCAAUUAAAUCAAGAUGGAUAUACGAUUCUGUUGAUCAGUAACCAAAAAACCAAUGCCAAACAAUCUGCUGAGUUUGAUCAAAAGUUACCAAAGUUGGCUAAAGCUUUGAAUGUUCCUUUUCGGAUCUUUGCGGCACGUAAAGAUGAUGUUUAUCGAAAACCACGUACUGGUAUCUGGGAAGAGUUUAUAAAGAAUUGGAAUGGGAAUUUAGAACCAGAUAAAGAACAAUCUUUUUAUGUAGGUGAUGCUGCUGGAAGACCAAGUCGUGGUUCAAUCAAAGCCGAUUUUAGUGAUACAGAUCGUAAAUGGGCAUUAAAUCUUGACAUUCCAUUCUUUACACCCGAGGAGUUUUUCUUAAACCAAUCUAAACGUCAAGAUUAUGUGUUGAAAGGAUUCGAUCCAACUAAAUAUGAUCAUGAUCAACCUGCUUGGAUUCCCGAAACAUCUAUUAUAGCUUAUGAACCAAUUUCAAGUUCUUUAGAAAAUGUAAAAAAGUUGCAGUCAAAUGAGAUUCCUAAAAAACUCGAAAUCGUUUUGUUUGUGGGACCUCCAGCGAUAGGAAAAAGUCAAUUUUAUAAAACUCAUUUCGAACCUAAAGGAUAUGAACAUAUAAACCAAGAUAAAUUAAAAACGUUUGAGAAAUGUUUAAAAUCAGUUAAAGAAUCCAUCCAAUGUUCCAAAUCAUGUGUAAUAGAUAACACGAACCCAAGUGAAUCGACUCGACACCAAUACAUUAAGUUAUCACAAGACCUAGGAUGUUCAAUCAGAUGCAUUCAUUUCGAUUCUUCAAUCGAUUUAUCACUUCAUAAUAAUGUUUACAGAGCUUUUUAUGGAGAAAAAGAUGCAGAAGGUAAUAGAAGACAUCUUUUGCCGGGUUUGGCGUUUGGGUCGUACUUGAAACGGUUCGAAACUCCUUUGGUUCAGGAAGGGUUUGGGGAAGUUGCGCUCGUUAGGUUUAGGUUUGUGGGGAAGGAUGUGGGUAGAAAGAAAUGGGAAAUGUAUUUGACUUGA